UGGUGCCUGACUCGCCGGACGGAGGCCAACCGGGAAGGAAGAGAGAAAACGGCGAGGAGGAGGAGGAGAAAAGAGGAGGAGAAAAGAGGAGGAGGAGGAGGGAGGAAUUCGCCACUGUUCGAGGGGAGGAGAGGCCGAGGUGGACGUGGCGGGUCCGCCGGAGUUGGCCUCAAGUCGCGGCCAGUGGAGCCGAAGCAGCCAUGACGCGCGACGCCCGCAGGCCGGUCCCGGUACAGCGCCGGCGCUGACGACGUCUGGUCGGCGGACGGAAGCGGCCGGCCUCGGAGGUCCCGGGGGCGGGGGCGCCUCACCAUGACCGACUUGGAGGCCGAGUGUUUGAGUCUGAGCCUGGCCUCGGAGGGCGGCUCGCCUCCGGCCCCCCUGGACCCGGGCGGCCCCCCCUCGCUGGCCCUCCUCUCGGCGGACGGUCCGGCGCCCACGCUCUGCUCCCUGGCGGCGGAGGUGGCCGAGCCGCUCGUCAUGCUGCCGUGCGUCAAGAGCGAGCCCGAGGACCUGGAGGACCUGGAGCGCCUGGAGCCCAUCCGCACGGUGGACCUGUCGGAGAUCCAGCCGCUGUCCACCGCCGAGCUGGGCCGCGAGCAGAUCAAGAUGGAGAUCAGCGGCCUGGACUACAUCAAGGCGGAGCACCACCUGGAGCACCACCUGGACCCCUUCCGGCACGCCGACGACAUGGACUACAAGUCGCACUACGAGACCAGCUGUGUGUUUGACUACAUCUCCCAGGUGAGCGACACGCUGGACUACAUCAAGUCGGACCACCACGUGGACCUGCAGUGUUACUACGCCGCGGAGCUGGGCGAGGCGGACGCAGCCGCGGCGAAUCCGCCACCUGCGCACAACGCUCUGGAGUCCAUCCACAUGGCCGAGCUGCGCAGCGAGCUCAACAAGUUGCGACCCGACUCGCUGCUGCUACUGGACGGGAUGGCCAAGCCCGAAGCCGACUUCCCGUACCAGGCGGCGGCCCAGGAGGGCAAAGCGGCGGCGGCGGCGGCCUCGGCCUCGGCCAAGAGCCCGACGGUGAGGAAGCCGCGCAACAUGCAGGGCGAGAAGCCCUUCUCGUGCACGCAGUGCGGCAAAAACUUCAGCACGCUGGGCAACCUGAAGACGCACCAGCGCAUCCACACGGGCGAGCGGCCGUACUCGUGCGCGCAGUGCGGCAAGAGCUUCGGCCAGGCCGGCAACCUCAAGCGCCACCAACUCAUCCACACGGGCCAGAAGCCCUACGUGUGCGCCCACUGCCCCAAAGGCUUCACCAAGGCCGACGACCUGCGGGCCCACCAGCGGCUGCACACGGGCGAGCGGCCCUUCGCCUGCCAGGUCUGCGCCAAAACCUUCGGCCAGGCCAAGGAGCUCAAGGCCCACCGGCUGAGCCACGCCGGCGAGCGGCCCUUCCGCUGCCCGCACUGCGGCAAGAGCUUCGGCAAGGAGGCGGCGUACCGCGACCACCUGCGCGCGCACGACGCCCAGGCCAAGCCCUUCGCCUGCUCGCACUGCGCCAAGACUUUCGGCAACGCCGCCGUCCUCAAGACCCACGAGAAGAUCCACUCGGGCGAGCGGCCCUUCGGCUGCGUGCAGUGCGGCAAAAGCUUCGGGCGCCUCGGGCACCUCAAGGCGCACCAGCACGUGCACACGGGCGAGCGGCCGCACGCCUGCGCGCGCUGCGGCAAGACCUUCAGCCAGUCGGGCCACCUCAAGGCGCACCAGCAGAUCCACAAGCGGGAGCGCGCCGACGCCGAGGCCCGCUAGAGGGGCGGCGCCGGCCUUGUUUUUUUGUUUUGUUACACACUUAUAGCCACCUCUUCGGUUCCGUCUCGUCGCCUUUCCCGUCGUCGUGUCCGCGACUCUUUUUGCGUUGAUGUCUGUCUGUGAAGGCCCUCGGAGCGUUCGUACCUCAUCCUCGCUAUCCAGCGCCAGGUCCGUGUACUAGUACGUCAGGUGGGAGCAAAUUGCCAAAAUGAGCCAGCCAUUGACAACAAAAAAAAAAGAGGCAAAUUGUGUCGAGAUGCCAAAAGAAGUGAAGCGCCGAUGGGCUUUUUUGCAGCCUUCUUACGCUGAGUGUUAACAAAACAAAUUUUGUGUUCAUCAAAAGGAGACAAAUGUUACGGCGGAACCUCCACUUGUGGAUAUUUAGUCGGUUGACAAAGUUUCCCGCAAAACUGAGAGCAACGACACAACGUCUGCUUCAAAUGAAAAAACGAAGACAAUUUUUCAUGCUAAAAUGACAAAAGCGUGCACAGCACCCAACGUUUGCCUUUCGGGUCACCGUGGCGACCGCCAGCCCCCUUUACCGUGCAGACGUUGCACCUUUAAUCGGAUCGUCGACAAUCAAUGAUCAAAUUCAUGGACAAGUAUUUUGCUGUUUGGAGACCCUCUGGAGUUAAACCCCCCCCCCCCCCAAUUCACCACCACUUCGAAAGCAGGUCAGUUAUCUUUGUUUUGUCCAAGGAAGCUUUUUCCAAACAUCAGCUUUUACUUUGAAAGAGCAAAAUUCCAGAUUUUUGCCGAUAUUCAGACACGGAUUGGACAUGGAAGCAUUUUCUGUAUCUCGUCGAUGCGCACUCUGCAAUUUGAUAUCUUUACGGGCAGAACGAUUGGGGGGGGGGGGGGGUCGGUAUUCCUUUUAAGACAGUCCUACGAGCGCGCUGACUCAUCUUGCCGCAUACUAGUACGUGGCCUUCGGCUGGAUAUCUGCGACGUAGGAAGAGCGCUCGAGCGGAAUUCGCCAACAAGCGACCAAUCGUGCGGCGUCACGUGCGCGUCUGUCUACUUUUAUAUAUAUUUAUACGCACUUGUUGUAUACAUGCAGUGGAGCAUUUGGAUGGAAGAAUGUGGGAAAUUUCCAUUUCCAAAGGACAUUCGCUUCUCGAGAUUUCAACUUGUUUACACGGCUGACGUCGGUCGUCAUGACGACGACAACAUUCCAAGCGUUUCCUCCUCCGACGUUUGUUUGCGAGCGAGUCGGCGCCCCCCGCAGGCCGAUCGGAGCUUUCUCCUCUGUCGUGGCGAAAGCCCGAUUGCGCUCUUUGCUUUUUGUCUUUUUCGAAGAUUGCAGGUUAAUCGUCUUUUCUUCUGCUUCUGUUUUUAUCUUCUUAUGACGCUCGCAGGUUUUGUAUCUGUCUUUUACGGUCACAUGACUGACUGAAACAAAACCAUUUCUUGUACUGCCAAUCCAAUAUAAAAAGUCAAACUUU